AUGGACAACAACGAAGGUUUUUCGGUAUUAGACGCUCCACCGCCAGCUUCGCCGUCUACCUCGCCGCCUUCCCUUUUUGAAGAAACAGUGAAAAAUCUACAAUAUGAAUCUGCAAUGAUAUGUAAAGAUGAGCAAGUGAUUCAAGCUGGAUGCAUCGUUAAACUUGAUAAGAAGGUGCUCGAAGGUAAGCGGAUAAUAGAAGAUGAACGAAAUCUUAAACAGGAAGCUGACAAGCGGGCACGCAAAGAUGAUAAGAGGGCAAUCGAAGCUGACAAGCGGGUACAAGAAGCUGAACGUAGGCAUAAACUCGAACUCAAAGUUGAACAGAAAAAACUAAAAGCUGAGAAGCUGAUACUUGAAUCUGAACGGAAGCUAAAACUAAAAGCUAAACAUCAGAUAAAACUUCAAGCUAAAGAAGUGGAACUCGAAGCUGAAAAGAAGGUGCGCAAAGAUGAGCAGGUAAUUCAAGCUGAACGUAUGGUUAAACUUGAUAAGAAAGUGCUUGAAGGUAAGUGGAUAAUAGAAGCUGAACGAAAUCUUAAAUGGGAAUAUGACAAGCAGGCACGCAUAGCUGACAAGCGGGUAAUCGAAGCUGACAAGAGGGUACAAGAAGCGGAAUGUAGGCAUAAACUCAAACUUGAAGCUGAACGUAAAAAACUGAAAGCUGAGAAGCGGCUACAUGAAACUGAACGGAAGAUGAAACUAAAAGCUGAGCAUUAG